GACACGCACAGAUACAACCCCAAGAAAGGCAGGGUCCUGCCCGGCACCGGCGGCACGCGGGCCGAACCUGCGGCCGGGAUUGGCGCGCACUAGGCCACCGGGCGCCCGGAGCCCGCGGUGCAGCACCAGUAUUGUUUAGUGCCAAGAGACCACUCUGUCAGCAAGCUGAGAGGAAAACUGCGGCAAGAUGUCAGGCCGGAGCGGGAAGAAGAAAAUGUCUAAGCUGUCUCGGUCAGCCAGGGCCGGGGUCAUCUUUCCAGUAGGGCGGUUGAUGCGCUACCUGAAGAAAGGAACCUUCAAGUACCGGAUCAGCGUGGGUGCGCCAGUCUACAUGGCUGCAGUCAUUGAGUACCUGGCAGCGGAAAUCCUAGAGUUGGCUGGGAACGCUGCAAGGGACAACAAGAAGGCCCGGAUAGCCCCCAGACACAUCCUGCUGGCCGUUGCCAACGAUGAGGAGCUCAACCAGUUGCUGAAAGGAGUGACCAUCGCCAGUGGGGGUGUCCUGCCCAGAAUUCACCCCGAACUGUUGGCCAAAAAGCGAGGGACCAAAGGCAAGUCAGAAACCAUCCUCUCCCCGCCCCCAGAAAAAAGAGGAAGGAAGGCCGCAUCAGGCAAGAAGGGGGGUAAGAAAUCCAAGGCCACCAAGCCUCGGACGUCCAAGAAGUCCAAAGCCAAGGACAGCGAUAAAGAAGGAACAUCGAAUUCCACCUCAGAAGACGGGCCGGGGGAUGGCUUUACCAUCCUGUCUUCGAAGAGCCUCGUUCUGGGGCAGAAGCUGUCCCUGACCCAGAGUGACAUCAGCCACAUCGGCUCCAUGAGGGUGGAGGGCAUCGUCCACCCAACCACAGCCGAAAUCGACCUCAAGGAAGAGAUAGGUAAAGCCUUGGAAAAGGCCGGGGGUAAAGAGUUCUUGGAAACAGUAAAGGAGCUUCGCAAGUCCCAAGGCCCUUUGGAAGUUGCUGAAGCUGCCGUCAGCCAAUCCAGUGGACUCGCAGCCAAGUUUGUCAUCCACUGUCACAUCCCCCAGUGGGGCUCCGACAAAUGUGAAGAACAGCUGGAAGAGACCAUCAAAAACUGCCUGUCCGCAGCCGAGGACAAGAAGCUUAAAUCUGUCGCCUUCCCACCGUUCCCCAGCGGCAGAAACUGCUUUCCCAAACAGACGGCCGCCCAAGUGACCCUCAAGGCCAUCUCGGCCCACUUCGACGACUCGAGCUCAUCCUCAUUGAAGAAUGUGUACUUCCUGCUCUUCGACAGCGAGAGCAUUGGCAUCUACGUGCAGGAGAUGGCCAAACUGGACACCAAGUAGCUCCCCAGCGGGGAAGGAGGAGGGUCAGGGUGAUGUCACAAGAGCGGGGGUUUUAUUUUUUAAAAGGAUUGCAGAAGGCUGACAGGGCUUGGGAGCAGAGAGUGGCUGAGAGGGUGAGCGGAGGCAGCAGGAACAGGUCCUGCCUGCCUGGGGAAGGGGCCCGGUGCAUUUUAUACUCUCUUUACAAAGGGCCUCUUCCACAAUUAACCAGGUUCCACCAGAGGUUUCUUUCCAUGUGUUUUUUCUUCCUGUUGUUUUAGAACUUUUUUUAAAACAAACAUAAAAAUAGACUUUGUUUAGAUUUAUAGCAUUGACUUUUACAAUCUCUCUCUCUCUCUCUCUCUCUCUCUCUCUCUCUCACACACACACACACACACACACACACACACACACACACACAGAAUCUGUUCAAAUUUCCUAUGUCUUUGGUUCCUCCUUUUUUCCAAGGGAAGAGGGCGUGACUGUCAAACCUAGGUAUACUGGCUGUCUCCCUCAGUGGAGAGAAGACGAGAAAAACAUCUCGGGGUGCUUUUCUGUUAUAGGGUCCCCUCCCUGACGCCUAAAAUAUUUGUAACUACACCCAAAAGGGUUUUGCUUCAGGAUUUUUGUUUGUUUGUUUUUGUUUUUUUAAAGAAAAAGAAAAAAUGAGAAGAAAAAAAAUAAAAGAUCCAGUGUCUUUCUUA